UUUUAUAACGUCCCUAAAUAUGGGCCGAUGGUCCGAUGAUGUAACCCGUGGGCUUCCAUAAGGCCCAAUAGCUGCACAUGUAUGGAUAAGUUAUUAAAUCAGAAUAUAAGGAUUAAAUAUGAUAUAUUUAUUCUUCAUCUAAGAAAAUUUAUUUAUUUUUACAAAAAUUACAUUAUUAGAAACCUUCAAUAAGGAAAUAAAAAGGGAAAAACCAACAAAUAAGAUCACAUAAAUAGAUCUAUGGAAAAACAAUAUUUACACCGAAUUGUUUAGAUGAUACAAUAUCUAAUGAAAUAUUCUUCCACAUUUAACUUUUCACACAAAAUAUAUAUUAAGAUUGUAUUUAUAAUAUAUAUGGAUCUGUACAAUAAAGAUUACAUCAUUACAUAUAUAAGCCAAUUUCACACUUGAUUAGUCACGAGUCCACGUGUCAUAAGGUGAGGGAUUCUUCUUCAACAAGCUCCACGUACGGCUACACUUUCCAACUCCUAUAUAAAUGUGCAAUUCCCCAAAACUACACCACCCAAAGCUUGAAAUUCAAAACCGGCUCCAAAAUUCCAAUCACAAAACGAUUCUAGGGUUUCUGCAAUUUCACUCGGAAGAAGAAAUGGGGAGCAGCACCAAAAUCGCAAUCUCAUGGUCCGAUCUCCCAAAUGAACUCCUCGAAAAGAUAACCAACUGCCUCGACACUGAAACCGACGUCCGCCGCCUCCGCGCCGUUUGCAAUUCAUGGCGUUCCUCGACGACGCCGUUUAAGAGAUUCCCACCCACGCCUCUCAAGCUCCCUUUCCCCUUCGCGGCCGGCGGCGCCGGCGGCGCCGGUACCAGCGAUCCGAAGCACGACGGAGCGUGCUUCACCCUCACCGAGAGGACUGUUUACCGCGUCCAGCCGCCUGGAUGCAAUGAGCAUCCCGAUUUCUGGUUGGUGAAGAUCGAAACUUGCGAAAAUGGCAAGGUGCGCAUGUUGAAUCCUCUCAGCGACCACGAAAUCAAAAUUCUGCCGGAAAAUCCGAUGCCAAAGGUGCUGAACACUCUCGAUUUCCGCCUUUCCGAGGUAUGCAAGUCCUACGCGCUUCAUUGCACAAAUCCUUCUGAACCGAAUCAGAAAAUUGAUUUCAAAUUUGCUAAGAAAGUUGCCGUGCACGCUUCCGUCGAGAACGGCGAGUACGCUAUAAUGGCGAUCGACGACAAAAAUAAGCUCUGGUACAUUAAAUCCGCCAACCAGAAUUGGACGAUUGUGCCCGGUGAUUAUAACAACUUCCUCGAUAUUGUCAAUUACAAGGGAAAGUUCCGCGGUAUUGAUUACUGGGGGCGCUCGUGGUUUUUCGGUUCGAUGUUGGAGGUGAUUGGAUCUACCUACUUCAGAUCCCUGGAAGCGUCGAAAAGGCACUUUGUCGAUGUUUCCGAUGAGUUGUUUCUGAUUGAGGAGGUCACUGAUAAGGAUAAAAGAAUCUGCAAAUGCUACGACAUCGAUUUGGGAUGUCAGUGUAACUUUCCGAGAACUCCAAUUAAGAACACUGCUGUGCAGAUUAUAAUAUCGAGGACUGAUCUAAAUGAUAAAGAAUGGGUAGACGGAAGAACGACGAUUGCCAAAUUGAUGGGAAAAGUUAUUUUCGUGGGCGAUGAUUGUUCGUUCUCUGUUCCUGCACCACGAGUGAAAGGGCCGCUCGUGUUUUAUACUGACCGGUACAUCUUUUUUCGAACCGAAGAGGAGAAGAAGCGGUGCGGUCCUGAUGAAGGGUUCGAUCGUGAUUACGGCAAUGAGUACGACGAUGAUAGUGACUGUGGGUAUAAUGUCUUCGAGUGUGAUUGUUGUGAUUCUUCGGAUGAUGAAACUGCUGCGGUUGAUAGCUUUGUGCCGAGUGAUGAUAUUAAGAUUAAGUUUCGGGGAUUGCAUGGUCAUAAUAGUGGUGUGUAUGAUUUUCAAAGUGGUAAAUUGGGUUCUGUGCUAAUGUUUCCUGAUUAUGCAAAUGUGUUCUGGCCGCCCCCUUCUUGGCUGAACCGCGGUUAAGGUACCGGUUUUUCCUCUCGAUACGAAUGUGGUAGCUAUCAAGGGUGGUUUUGGAUGCUUGACAGAGGAAGGCAGCAAUUUUUGCUUUUAAGUUGUGUAUAUAUGCAGCAGUUGGUUGCUGUUGAUGUUUCUGCACAAUUUCUCAAUUGGGUUUUAUUUAUUUAUUUAUCUUUUGCUUCUGAAAUUGUACUUUCCUAAUUACUUUCUUACCGUUUAAUGAAUUGUUAUUUAUUAUCUUAAA